AUGGCGGCCUCUAUGAGACUGUUGGUCCGGAGGGUGAUUCGUCUUUCCCAAAGAAACAUUAACGUUACCGCUGCUGGAGUUUCGGCUCGGUCUGGUUGCUGCCAGGGACCGUCGUCUUGUCGUUGUUUUAGCGAUGACAGAAGUACACACUUUGGCUUCGAGACGGUGCCAGAGGAAGAGAAAGCGAAGAGAGUGUAUAAAGUGUUUGAGAAUGUGGCCCAGAAGUAUGACAUUAUGAAUGAUGCCAUGAGUCUCGGGAUUCAUCGACUGUGGAAGGACACGCUGCUGCACGCCAUGCACCCACAGCCUGGCGCGCGACUCCUGGAUGUGGCGGGUGGAACAGGUGACAUAGCCUUCCGUUUCCUGGAGUACGUCCGUUCUCAGCAGGAGCGGCAAAAGCGGCGGGCGAUGCGUUCCAUGCAGACGCCGUCGUGGCAGGAAAUUUCCAACAACUACUCCACAGAGGACGAGGAUGGGCCCCAGGAAUCCAGGGCCGUGGUCUGUGACAUAAACAAGGAGAUGCUGAAAGUGGGGAAGCAGAAAGCCGACAGCUUGGGCAUCAGUGCAGGUCUGUCGUGGGUGGUGGGGGAUGCAGAGGAGCUUCCCUUUGAUGACGACCAGUUCGAUAUUUACACCAUCGCCUUUGGCAUUCGCAACGUCACUCAUAUAGAUCAGGCACUUCAAGAGGCUCUGCGGGUCCUGAAGCCCGGUGGCAGGUUCAUGUGUUUAGAGUUCAGCAAAGUGACAAAUCCCGUGUUGGCAAGGCUUUAUGACGCAUACAGUUUCCAGAUGAUUCCAGUUCUGGGAGAGGUGAUUGCUGGAGACUGGAAGUCCUACCAGUAUCUGGUGGAGAGUAUCCGCAAGUUCCCUGACCAGGAGGAGUUCAAACAUAUGAUAGAAGACGCAGGUUUCUACUCCGUGCAGUACUACAACUUUACCGGCGGAGUUGUGGCUCUUCACUCUGGUUUCAAGCUGUGAGAUCCACUGCGAACACGUCCCAUCAAAAACAAAGAAACAAAAAGACUCACUGUGUUUCAGGCUUUUCUGUCUGUGUGACAGACUGACUGCAUAGUUCUCACACAUAAAGUACAGAGCAUGAAGCCCAAGAGAUCUGCUCUGCAGAUGCCACUGCACAGUGACAGAAAAUCAGAGGUCAGUGGACAUAUUUAUUAUAGUUUUUUCCUGUUUAUCAAAAGUGUACUGAAUAAUGCUGUUGGCACUGGCAGAGUAAAAACUAGGUCUUCACUGUAUCUGCAGCGUCAGCGUUCAGACAACUGUCGAGUCAGUUUAAACCAUUUGAGUGCAGUUGGUUGUGAAUAUUUUUUGUAACAUCUACAUUUUGGAAAUGGAUAAUAAAACCUGCAAAAGCUGAUAUUUGAAUGAA